AUGACGGAGAGUGGCUUGCAGGUCGUCGUGGGAACUCCCAGCGAACUCAGUGAAGACUCUGCGCAAGACUAUCUGGAUUCGCAGUUUGUUGAGGGCCUCCUUGAGAUUAUGACCCAGAUGAAAGCCAUCAGACCCGAUAUCGUGCGAGGGAUCCCAGUGCACCGAUUCCUGCAGCGCAUGCCGUGCAAGGGGUUGGCGAAGAAGCACAGGAUGUUUUAUGGACUCAGUGAGGUGACGAAGCAGCUGGAUGAGUUCUGGUCUCACAGCUGGCGCACCAGUGCGGGGCUCAAGUACGUCAACAUCCUCUUCCUGAACAACGGCUUCCCAGCCUUCGUGGUGGGCACUCUCUGUGCCCUAGGGGCUUUCUCUGUACGUUUGGCAGGCAUCCUGCCGAUGCAACGCGUUGCGGGCCCCGCAAAUGCGUCGUGCACCAUGGCUGGCACCAUCGGCUACUACGUGACUCUUCUCCUCUGGCCUAGCAGGAAGCUGGCCUUCUUUGAUUUCGCCUGCAUCAACCAGAGUGACGAAAUCCGGAAAGGUGAGGCCCUGCUCAGCAUGGGAGCCUUUCUGGGAUGCUCACGGUCGCUACUCGUCCUUUGGGAUGAGGCGGUCGUCACGAGAUUGUGGUGCAUGUUCGAGAUGGCAGGUUUCUUUCACAGCAAGGGGCCUCACGCGGACAAGUCUGUGCUGGUUUGCCCAGUGUUCGUUGGCCCCGCGCUUCUUGUGGGUCACCUUGGUAUCAGCGUGCUAGCGCUUGCGCUGUUGUGUUCCGGCCUGCCGUUGUUUCCGUGGGGUGGAAUCUUCAUCUCUACUAUGGUGUUCCCAUGCCUCGUGUUUGUCGACUAUGUGAUCCUUGCGCACUGUCGAAGCAUUGACGUGAUGCAACAUCAAGUCCGUCACUUCACUGUUGAACACUCCUUGUGUCACUGCUGUGAAAGCGGUCAUGUGAAAGCCAACGGUGGGCAACUGAUGUGCGAUCGGCUCAUCAUCCUUCGAUGCAUUUCUGCUUGGUUCGGGUCUGUGGACGCCUUCGAGUCCCUCGUUCGGACGCGGCUGUUGAAGAUGUUGGUCUUCCAGCUUGCGAACCAGGUGUUCUCAUACUGGCGCAUCGUGCAGGCAACAAUCCCAGCUGCAUGGGCCAUAAUGGAUCUGCACGAUAUCCGUCAGGACUCGGCUGCAGCACCGCUGCAGACCAUGCUUGCAGCGGUGAAUUAUCCCUUCUGCGUGCUUCCAAGUUUUUCUCUGAUUAUACUUCGCGUGGCUUACAGAGUACGCAACCUUGGACACAGCAAAUGGACGCAAUGGCUGCUUUCUUUCGCGCUCGUGGUCGAGUCUCUAAUGUUUGGCGCCUACUUUUUGUGUGAGCAAGCUCUUCGCCAGCUUUCGGACGAUCACUUUGGGAAUUGGUUGCCUGCCCACUUAGUGGCUCUGAUCUUGAUGGGUACCGUCACCUUGGUUCUGUGGCGGCACUUGCCGGUCUGA